CCAUUACUGAAGUGACCUCGUGAGCCGAUUUCGAGCCAACCCCAACCCGCUCGCGGCGUUGAUGUAAACUCAGAUGAACACCGGAACGAUACUAUCAACUAUAGAUACAUUGUUAGUGUGUGAGAGCGACGCCGAAGGCAAUCGUGACGGAAACAGCAAGCAAACAUUGCUCCCCAGCCAAGCGACUGAAUAUGAGUACGAAAACGAGCGAUUCCUUGUUGCAUGGGUUCUACUGACUAGGUUKCCCCAGGAGGAUCUUGAUGUAGCAUGGGGAAAACACUCUGUGACGCUAUCGAAUUUUGCAGCAGGUCUGUUGGUCGACGCUGACACCRACRAUGCCGCUGCUACGKAUGUUCAAACAGGGCAUGUUGCCGAAACCGACAGAUGUUCCGCAUCAAGCGGCGGCGRCAACGACAACAACAAYRGAGGCAAUAKUUCUCUAGACACAUGCUACAUCCGAUUGGUGACGCAAGUUACUGCGAGACUAACGACAUCUCCGCCGGAAAAUCUGAAGCGAAUCAUUUACACAGCUUGGAAACGYGCGCAGUCUACGGUUGCAGCAGCAAGCCCUGGUAUCCUUAAAUUGAAUGUUGAUGUUUUUAAUGCGUUUCUUUCUUGGAUUCAUCACGACGAUGACUUCMUUUCCUCGGAUGCAUUGGCGUUGACAGAUAUCUGGAAAGUGUACGCAAGAGCGCGCACACCAUCGUCGAAGUCGUCGUCAGAGCAGAAAGAACCCAAUGUCAUUAGUAGUGUAUCUACGGUGGAGCAAACCCAGUCGACUAACUGCCACGAUGCGGCGGCAAUGAUAUCUGUUCUCAAAUCCGUAUUAGAUUCGACCGGYGGUACCGAUCACGAAAGCAACAACGCUGAUGAAAUGGGUGCAGGCGAUGAUUUUUACACGGUUGGGAACCUAGAGAGACUUGUCCUUGGAAUUUUUGAGUUGCGAGAUUCCAAAAGAAUGCCCGAAGAAUUAAUAUGCGMUGUUUUGCGCUGGAUUGCUGAAGAAGAUGGUGAGGUUGGAUUCUCGCGGGACCUAGUUAUGAUUUGGCACGGAUGGCUAAUGAAAAACAUCGAGACAAUUCUUUCCAAGAAAARGAAGAACAAUGCCAMACUUCUYAGCGACCCAAAGACGAUGGAUGCCGUAMACACGAUUGUAAUGGCGCAUGUUGUCUCUCCGGAUGAAGGAGCCCUGCGACCGAUGGCGUGGCAAUGUAUAGCUCGAAUUGCAAGGGCGUAUGGAUGGAGCUGGGGSAAAGCGACGUCAAGGAGUGCCCMGAUAUGUACCUGGUGUCGGUUGGCGUGCGGAGAGUGGAAGAUUCAAUUAGAAGAAGCAGGAGAUCUGACCGCGGCAWCACCAGAUAGGAAAUCGAUUUUAGAYGGUUGUGCAAGUUUGAUGACAAGUGUURUUCAAUAUCUUGUUGGCUUUGAUGAACGACCUGAUAAAAGAAUGCCGUUGGACCCCGAUGGGCUCUUGCAUUUACAAGAAUCACUGGAAGAAACGAUAUCGAUUACCUCUACUUUCUUGAAUAACUCUUUGGACAAUUGCGAUCAUACGAGUUAUUCUAUGAUUAUAAAUGUGUGGUCGCAGCUGUUCUCUGAAGUUGACCUAUUGAUGUUGGGAGGCGCUGAAAAUGUGAUUGGUUGUUUGCCAAAGUUGCUKUCGGUAUCAAAUGAAGAGGGUCUACUGAACGCAUUGGUACAUUUGAUCACCACCGCGCAAGCAGAAAACAAGAUCCUGGAACUUGUGGGAGAUCUCGACAGCGGACCCUUUGUGGAUUCUAUCGUGAUCUACAUGAAACGCUUUUGGAAGACAGCUGCCAACGGAGGCUGGCUGACACAGAACGACGCCCACGAGCACAUCCAGUGGGCUUGCAUCGCUAUCGAUAUCUUGGUAGAGAAAAGUCCCCCAAAUAGUGUUCGUCGAUACACAGAUCCCAUGCUACCCGCAAUGGAAUUUCUUAUUGAGUAUUCAGAAACCGCUUCGCCAAUGCAAAGGGAUGGCGAACUUUUACCAAGUCUUCGACUUUUGGUGGAUUCGUAUGUGGAUGCAAUUGGAAAAUGUCAUGAAGCUAGUUCAACGAUCAAGGAGUCCCAUAUCGUUUCUCGUGCGAUUGAUAUACUGGAGAAAUAGUAGAGGCAUAUGAAGGAUGAUGCAAGUUAACCAAAGAAAGCAGAACAGAGUCUGUGUACAUGGGACAUUCGUACGCGACUUCUUGAGUGAGUCUGCCACUAUUUCCACUACCAGCUUUCAGCAAUGCAAUUMAACUUUGAUAUUUGYCAUGCUAUGUUUGGUAAAGCRCUUUUCUUACUACAUCACUUUGAAGCUCCUUUAAUUAAAUUUCUGCACAAAU